AAGCGCCUGUGGAAUAAGACACUUAAGUGUUCCCGUGUACUGACGCGACACUUUGUGUGGACAAAUAUAAUAACAUUUUUAUUUUUUACGGAGCAUAAAGUGAGGCAUUGUCUGCCAGCUCGGACUUUAUCGGGAAGAGUUUUAUUUCUGGCCGUGUGCAUAUUUUGCUGUUUCUGACGCUCCGCUGUACCAGCUGACCGGGGUGAAAUUACAUCUCCAGGACUUUUUUUGUUAACUUAGUUAAAACAAAGUCACCAUGGCAGAGACGUCAGCAGCUCCAGCCAAAGCCAAAAAGGCAUCCAAGCCCAAGAAACCUGCCUCUCAUCCCAAGUACUCUGAGAUGAUUAAAGCGGCCAUCGUUCACGAUGCCAGCCGGAGUGGAGCGUCCCGGCAGUCCAUCCAGAAGUACGUGAGGAAGAACUACAAGGUGGGCGACAAUGCCGAUGUGCAGAUUAAAAUGGCCCUGAAGAGGCUGGUGGCAUCCGGGAUGCUGCGCCACACCAAAGGCAUCGGUGCGUCCGGAUCCUUCAGGCUGACCAAACCCGAGGACUCCAAAAAGUCAACCAAGGUGGCGGUGUCUGCCAAACCAAAGAAAGCGGCGAAGCCCACCAAACCCAAGAAGGCGGCCAAACCCAAGAAGGUGUCCAAGACGCCGGAAAAACCCAAGAAAGCAGCCGUGAAGAAAGUGAAAAGGGUCGCGAAAAAGGCGACGCCAACGAAAGCCAAAAAGGCACCAGCUAAGAAAACCAAGGCAGCCAAGCCCAAGGCAAAACCAGCAAAGAAGGCAGCCAAGCCCAAGGCAAAGACACCCAAAAAGGCAGCAAAAACAGCAAAAAAGAAGUAAAAGGACAAUAACAGAGAGACAAAGUCACUGUAAAUACUGAAGGAACUGUUUUCGUAUAUGUAUUAUUUUUGUAAGGUAUCAUGCAAACUUAUGCUGUUUUUACCAGUAGUUUUCUCUCCAUUGCACUAUAGCCAGAAGAUGCUGUAGAAACAAUUGUGAGCAUUUUUAUUUGGCGUUAAUAAUAAUAUUAUUAAUAAUAAUAAUGUUAAUUUCUGUCUGAUCCUUGGAUACAUAUAAGCUAAUCAAGGGUCUUGCUGAAAGGGAAAAAAAGGUUCAUACAGUCAAACUAAUGAGUUAGUUGUUAGUGCACGGGGUCAGACUGAAAGUACAAAUGUUUCAAUUGUGAGCAUUGUUGAGCCUUUACAAUGUACAGACCAUAGGCAGUGGACGUCAGCAAGAUUCUCCUAAAGGCUCUGUAGUUGUCAUUCAAGCUCCAUCCUGUAUAUUUCCUCAUCUUCAAACGACUCAUAAUAUAAAACAUCUCACUGUGUUCAGUCACUUUUAAAGACUGUUUAUACUGCAACUCAAUAAACCUUUGUCAUCUUCUA